CUUUGCCCUUUUUGACUAAUCGUUCGUCCCCAAAUUCCCAUCCGCCGGCCAUCCGCACCCGCAAUCGCAGAUUCUGCCACACUCGUUCGUCAAUCAGGAGUGCAGAACCAGAUUGAAGCCGAGUGGGGCAAGCAAAGCUGACUGAUUCUUUCCCCACCAGAUCAGCAACGGCGCGAACAAAUUUGGAGCUCGCAGCCCGCGAAUCGUCAGUAGUUCUCGGAUUCUCGCCGGCCUCCGGACCCAGCCAGCCGCUCGCCGCCCGCCGCCCGCCGCCCGCCGCCGAGCCUAUCCGAUCGGCGCGGGCGGUCCCCCGCCACCACUUGGGCGGGCGCGGCCGCCGCCGGGUUUGGGUGCGGCGGAUUCCGGGGGGCACCGCCUCGGGCAAGUGGCAGCGCGGCGCCUCGUCGCGCGUGCCCACCCGCGCGGCUACAUAUCUAGCGGCUUGGUGAAGGGGGUCCGUCGUCGGUUGCGGUGCGCGUUGGGAGUCUCUCGCUGAGUGCGCCGGCUGCUGGAGUUCAGUCUGAGUUUGGAUGGGCCAAAUGGUUUCGGAUGAUAAAUUCGAAGAACAGGCAGCUCGCGAUGGUGGGAUCAUCAAGAAUGGAAGGGAAAUCUUGUUCCAGGCUUUUAACUGGGAAUCCAAUAAACAUAACUGGUGGAAUAAGUUAGAGGAAAAAGUAGCUGAUCUGGCAGAAUCUGGGUUUACGUCAGCAUGGCUUCCUCCACCAACUCAGUCAUUAUCUCGAGAAGGCUAUCUACCACAGAACCUGUACUGCCUUGACUCUUGUUAUGGUUCCCUGUCAGAGCUGAAAUCAUUGCUUCAUAAAAUGAAUGAGCAUAAUCUAAGGGCUAUGGCUGAUGUUGUUAUCAACCACCGAAUUGGGACUACUCAAGGAUCCAAUGGCAUGUAUAAUCGAUAUGAUGGCAUCCCAAUAUCAUGGGAUGAACAUGCUGUUACAUCUUGUUCUGGUGGGAAGGGGAACAAGAGCACUGGGGAUAACUUUGAUGGGGUUCCCAACAUAGAUCAUACACAGACAUUUGUACGGAAAGAUAUUAUUGAAUGGCUGAUCUGGCUCAGGAGAUCUGUUGGUUUUCAAGAUUUCCGCUUUGAUUUCACGAAAGGUUAUGCAGCAAAGUUUGUGAAAGAAUACAUUGAGGAAUCAAAACCUCUUUUUGCAGUUGGAGAAUACUGGGAUAGCUGUGAAUAUAGCCCCCCUGAUUACCGAUUGAACUACAAUCAGGAUAACCACAGGCAGAGGAUCAUUAAUUGGAUAGAUAGCACUGGAGGACUUUGUGCUGCAUUUGAUUUCACAACAAAGGGUAUUCUUCAGGAAGCUGUCAAAGGAGAGUUGUGGCGGUUGCGAGAUCCAGGGGGAAAGCCACCUGGUGUGAUGGGAUGGUGGCCUUCAAGAUCAGUUACAUUUAUUGAAAAUCACGACACGGGGUCAACUCAGGGUCAUUGGCCUUUUCCAUCUGAUCAUAUUAUGGAGGGAUAUGCAUAUAUACUCACCCACCCUGGCAUCCCUGCGGUGUUCUAUGAUCACUUCUAUGACCAGGGAUCAUCACUUCAUGAUGAAAUUGCCAAACUGAUGCAAAUCAGAAAAUGCCAAGACAUACAUAGCCGUUCGUCAGUCAAAAUAUUGGAGGCGAAGUCAGACCUGUACUCUGCAAUCAUUGAUGAGAAGUUGUGCAUGAAGAUCGGAGAUGGGUCAUGGUGCCCAAGCGAGCCGGAGUGGAGGCUGGCGGCCUCUGGAGACAGAUAUGCUGUGUGGCACAAGUAAAGCAUUCCUCUCCUAAACAGGAGUAAUCACCCUGUUAACUGAAGAACACCACGGGAAACAUGUCUUAAAUGAAGGCUUGUAGAUUAACCUGCUUAGAAAUACAGUGGCUCAUGUGUACGGUAGAGGGCAAACGUGUAAUGUAAAUUAGAAAUAAUUGAGAUGAUGGGGCUAUCAUAAGUGAAUUGCUGCUAGUGGGAUUACCUGUAUAAUAAGAAUAUAUAUGUAGGGUGCAUAUUGUCUGUGGAUUAUUUGAUUCUGGACCUAGAAAUUUGAAUUAUAAUCAGAGAAUAAAGGCCUUGAGAUUUAAUUGAAUUAUUAUCAGA